CUCAGAUUCGGAUGGAGGAGAAACCGCUCCUCGACACAACGGAGUGGAACGAAUGGAGGACCCGCAGUCUUUCUCGGGGAGGCUUUGGUAUUGACAGGGCCGAAAUAUGGCCGAAGCUUCUCCAUGCCGUGGCAUUAAAGACGAAGGAACAAGCCAUGGGAGUUGAAGAAGUCCACGAGGAAAAGCCUCACCCCGACGAGCGGCAGAUCCAGCUGGAUACGGACCGCAGCUUCGUGUUAUAUCCAGUAGAGUCCGAACUGGAUAAGGAGACCCUCCAAUCCGAAUUGAACGCUCUCCUCGUUGAAAUGUUCCGGCGACGCCCAAAGCUUCACUACUUCCAGGGAUACCACGACAUCAUCACCGUGCUCUUGUUGACACUGCCGAAGGAGCUCCAGCUAGCGUGCGCAGAGCAACUCAGUCUGCAACGUGUAAGAGACUCGAUGGGAUCGACUCUAGAGCCAGUGCUGGGUCUUUUGCGGGUUACCAGGAAUGUUCUCAGAGCUACGGAUCCUGACUAUGCGGCGCUCCUUGAACAGCACGUUGUAUUGUAUGUUGCCAGGCCGGCUGCUGAUUUGGGUUUAGGACGGCGCCACUCCCGUAUUACGCCCUGCCCAAUCUCUUGACGCUCUUUUCUCAUGAUAUGCCGACUCUACCGCUCAUACAACACGUCUUUGACUAUCUUCUAACUCGGCCUCCCAUCUAUGUGGUCUAUCUUGCAUGUGCAAUCAUUCUUUCGAGGAAGCAAGAGGUUGAGCGCCUCGAAGAAGAAGGCGAAGAGGGGAUGAUCCACUCGCUGCUUUCUGCGCUACCAAGCCUAGCCGACGACGCACUCAGUAAUUCAAUGCCUGAGACUAGCUUCGACCAAUUGGAAGAUAAGACUUCAAUUCCGGAAAUCGAAGAGCCAGCCAUGGAGGAUGACUCUCACGCUACCGGGGACCCUGUUCUGAAAGAGCAUCCAUCAAACGAAGAUAUUAAAUCAGAAGAGAUGGAAGAGCCCUCGCGUAAUCUCUUGACGGUGCAGCUCACAGAGCUGCUGGCUCUCUCGGACGAUCUCUAUCUCCGCCACCCUCCUCACUCCCCCGCCAUCCAGCUGUCAUCGAUAAUGGGGCCACAGAGCGUCGUUUUCACUUGGUCGACGGAUGCAAGCGAUAUGCCCUCUCCGGAUGCGGCCGAAGCCAUGGUCGAGCGAACAGACUUGAUCGUGUAUCCUGAAGAACUUCCAGAGCCCGAACCCAAGCCCACUCGGCACCGGCCACAGAGCAGGCAGGUUCCUGUCACAUUGCUGGUCGGAGCGGGCUUGGUUGUUGGUGUGGCGGUCGCCGUGUCGGUCUAUAACUCUCGACAUGGCGAUCCUGUUCGUGACAUGAAGAAGUUAGGACAGUUGGCGGUCGGAGCGGCCGUGGGAAUCGUCGAGAGCUUGACACGCUUCCGGGUUUCUUGACCGAUGCCCUGAGAUUGUCCGUGUCUUCUGCGGUUACGUACAUUCAUAUGCUAUAAAAUGAGAUACGAUGGAUCGCACGUUUUCCAAGAUGGCCCGUGCUUUCUUUCUCUCCCUCCUCCUUUCCGCCACGGUCAACGCGGCCCGUCAGAAAGCGGACACCAAGGUCCUCAUCCUCGGCGGCGGAGUGUCCGGCGUGAUUGCUGCACGGACCCUGCAUGAACAGGGCAUCGAUGACUUUGUCAUCGUCGAGGCGCGCGACGAGCUCGGCGGGCGGAUGCGCAGCAGGAGCUUUGGGGCACCGGGCAAGGCCGUGACGGUAGAGCUGGGUGCGAACUGGAUCCAGGGCACCCAGACGGGAACGGGCCCCGCAAAUCCGAUCCUGACGUUGGCCAAUAAGUACGGCGUCAAGACCGCCCCGAGCGACUUUUACACGUCCAUCGUGACUUACGACGAGCAUGGCUCGGCGGACUACCUUGAUGUGCUGAACACUGCCCUCGACGCAUAUACCAACUUGACUGUCGUCGGCGGAGCGCGCGUUCCCACCAAGCAGGUCGACGCGACCUGUCGCACGGGAUAUUCUCUGGUCGGCGCACGCCCGAAGACACCGGCAGAGAUGGUCACAGAGUACUACGUGUUUGACUGGGAAUACGCGCAAACGCCUGAACAAACGUCGUGGAUCGCAUCAUCUUGGGCCAACAACUUUACGUUUGAUGUCGAUCAAGGCGGCUUCUCGGCAGACAACGAGUUGGCCAUCGACCAGCGCGGCUUCAAACACCUCAUCCAAGGGGAGGCACAAUCAUUUCUGAAGCCCGAACAAGUCCGGCUCAAUACUACUGUACGCGCUGUGACCUACUCGAAGGAUGGUGUGGCGGUCACGCUCGCCAACGGCACCAGGAUCACCGCUGAGUAUGCCAUCUCGACCUUUAGUGUCGGGGUUCUCCAGAAUGAAGAUGUGGUCUUCGAGCCUGCCUUGCCUGAAUGGAAGGAGGAGGCCAUCCAGAGUAUGACCAUGGCCACGUACACCAAGAUCUUCCUGCAAUUCGAGAAAAAGUUCUGGUUCGACAGCCAGUUUGCCUUGUAUGCCGACACCGAACGGGGGAAGUAUCCUGUCUGGCAAGGGCUCGAUCUGCCCGGCUUUCUGCCGGGCUCGGGCAUCAUCUUCGUCACGGUCACGGGCGACUACUCGAAGCGCGUGGAGGCGCUGUCGGACAAGCAGGUCCAAGCCGAGUCGAUGGCUGUCCUGCGCACGAUGUUCCCCAACAUCACCAUCCCCGACCCGAUCGCUUUCAUGUUCCCGCGGUGGAAUGCCGAUCCGCUGUAUCGCGGCAGCUACUCGAACUGGCCCUCCAGCUUCGUCAGCAGACACCACACGAACCUCAGGGCGACCGUCAGCGACCGCCUCUGGUUUGCGGGAGAGGCGAUGAGUCAGAAGUACUUUGGUUUCCUGCACGGAGCCUAUUUCGAGGGACUGGAUGCCGGCCAGGCCGUUGCUAGUUGUCUGCUCAGUGCCAAAAACUGCAAGCCCCGGACUCAUUUCGAGUCGGUGCCCAACGCAAAUCCGUAUGUGAUCUAGUUCCAUAUGUGAUCUAGUUACACGCGAUUUACAACAUACAUACAUACAACAGAGAGACUAUACAACAAAUCAUGCUGCGUCCGAUCCCAAGAUCCGUCUCACAGCAUCGGUCUCCUUCUCCUUAGCUUUGGCCCUACCCUCUUUGAUCCGCUCCAGUCCACUCUGGAUGCUCUUGAUGUGCACUUCGACAGGGAUUCGCGACCCCGUCAGCUCCGGGGCGGCUAGUCUCUCGCGCAAGUUCUCGAUGUCCUCGCUCAUCUGGGUCAAAGCCUGCAAGGCAGAGACCACGUGCAUCAGCGCCUGCUUGCGAUACUGGCCCAGACCUUUCAGCAAACCCAGAUGAUUCUCGUAGCCCCGCAGCUUCCGACGGUUCCCGCCUAGAAUAGUCCAUAGCUCGCUGAGCAGCUCGGAUUUCGCGCUCGACAGAGACACGUCCUCUCGCGUGACCAUCUCGUGCAGCACAGACAGCUUCUCCUCUAGAUUGUCCAGAUUGCGCAUGCUCAAUUCAAACUCGACGACUAGCCGCUGCAAGGUAAACGAGAGGUAGUUCAUCGAAUCUUCGAAUGCAUCCAAGAUGAUGGCUGUCUUGGAUGUCGAAGACUUCCAAGGAAUGAGUGAUCCCCAGAUUGGGGGAGCCGGUUUCUGAUGUGCUCCUUCAAUAGUUAGAAGCGCGUAGUCAUUGACCGCCAUGAUGCUGCAGACGCCGUGAGGUUGGAAACCAAAGUUCACAUCUGAGAUUGGCCCACUGACCCGUCGACUGCUCCAGAUACCUUGGAGCUAAGUUUAUUCAAGGACCUUCCGGUCGUUCGCGCAUCGUCGACGAAGGUUCGCAGGGCAUCACUCAGUAUAUCGCGACUCCGGAGCUCGCUGACGCCCACAAGGGUGACGAGAUCCGUCGUCGCCAUCUCCGCCUUCUUGAUUUGCAGGGCCAGUGCCGACCCCGAGCUGGUUUCGUCAAGUAGCUGGUCAACCGUGGCACUUUGCAUGUCGACCAGCGACGGAAAGUCGGCCCAUCUAGGUGCGCUCUGAGUCGGUGCAGCUCCGUGGGGCCUACACAGGGAGGAGCUACCAAGCCCUGGGAUGAAGCACAAAGGACGAAACGCAGCUCGUAUGCUAUGCGACAUGAGCCCGAUCAGGAAUGCCAGCAUCCAUAGGAAAAGCAGUGCAGACAAAGGGAUCCGGAGAAGCAUAAUCGCCCGCCUGAACACAUCGAGGAAGUACCAGCCUACAAACGCCCCUCCGUCGAGUACAUCUUUCUUGGUAACGAGGGGGGUCAAGCUGGGGGUCGGAGUCAGGGAUGGACUCUGUACUGGAGGCGUGCAUGUUUUCCUCGGGGGGCCUGGGGAAGCGACGAAUUCUUUCUUAUGCCGGCGCUUGCGUGGUGUGGGAGUUCGGGAAUAGUUAAUGGGUAUCCCCUGCGUCUGCGAUGUAAGAAAGAUAUCGUCCUCAUCGAAAAGCUCCAUCUCCUGCCUCGCGUCGAGCGAUUGCAUCUCCUGUUCCUCAUCGACGUCCUCCCAAGCGUCGUCCUCCACGUUGGAGGACGUGUCUUUCUUGAUACGCUUAGUCUUGCGCUUCCGUAAAUAUUCUGCGGUCUAAUGCAGAUAAAUCGCGUACAUGUCGGGAAACGGGCAUUGGAGUCGUGUUCAGGUGGGGGCAGCAAUCAAUAC